AUGAACGGCCUUCUCACACUGGCUUGGUUCCUGGUUUGCAGUGUUCCUGCUGUGCCCGGGGGCUUGCUGGACCUCAAGUCCAUGAUUGAGAAGGUGACUGGGAAGAACGCCUUGACAAACUACGGCUUCUAUGGCUGCUACUGUGGCUGGGGUGGUCAGGGGACCCCCAAGGACGGCACGGAUUGGUGCUGUUGGGUGCAUGAUCACUGCUAUGGGCAGCUGGAGGAGAAAGGCUGCCACAUCUGGACACAGUCAUACAAAUACAGAUUUGCACGGGGACUGGUCACCUGUGAGUUCGGGCCCCCCUGCCAAGCACAGCUCUGCGCCUGUGACCGGAAGCUCGUCUACUGCCUGAAGAGGAACCUAAGGAGCUACAACCCUCACUACCAAUACUUUCCCAACAUCUGCUGCUGA